GGCAAGUUUCACUCUCUGCAUUGCAGCCCGAGCUGCUGCCGGACUCCAACACAACAAUGGCGACUCCCAGUCCCGACAGCAACUCCCCGGGCUCCGGCAACAGCGGCCGCUCGAUGGGAUCCACGUCGCACCAGUUCCACCAGAACACGCAGGGCGGCGGCGGUAUGCAAGAACCCAACACCUGCUGGAGAUGUCAGAAUGAAACAGGGUUUCAGAUAAGCCUGUCUGGAGUUUCCCAAAGUAAACGCAAAGCGCUGAAGCUGAAUUUCGCCAACCCGCCAGUGAAACCAGCCUCCAGGCUCCCGCUGCAUCCAACGCCCCCGUCUUUCCAAAACCCUCACAUAGAGCGCAUGCGGACACACAGCAUCGAAUCGUCGGGGAAGCUGAAGAUCUCCCCCGGGCAGCAUUGUGACUUCACAGCGGAGGAUCUGAGAGACCUCGGGGAGAUCGGUCGCGGAGCGUAUGGCUCCGUCAACAACAUGGUCCACAAACCCACAGGCCAGAUAAUGGCUGUCAAGAGGAUUCGCUCCACUGUGGAUGAGAAGGAGCAGAAGCAGCUGCUGAUGGAUCUGGACGUGGUGAUGAGGAGCAGUGACUGUCCCUACAUCGUUCAGUUCUACGGAGCUCUAUUCAGAGAGGGGGACUGUUGGAUUUGUAUGGAACUCAUGGCUACCUCACUAGACAAAUUCUACAAAUAUGUAUAUUGUAAUUUAGAUGACAUCAUUCCAGAGGAAAUAUUAGGCAAAAUAACAUUAGCGACCGUUAAAGCACUGAACCACUUAAAAGAAAACUUGAAAAUAAUUCACAGAGACAUCAAACCUUCCAACAUUCUUAUGGACCGAAGGGGUAACAUCAAGCUGUGUGAUUUUGGCAUCAGUGGUCAGCUGGUCGACUCCAUAGCCAAGACCAGAGAUGCAGGCUGCAGGCCGUACAUGGCGCCUGAGAGGAUAGAUCCCAGUGCUUCCAGACAAGGCUACGAUGUCCGGUCGGAUGUGUGGAGCUUGGGAAUCACCCUGUACGAGUUGGCCACUGGAAGGUUUCCUUAUCCCAAGUGGAAUAGUGUUUUUGACCAGCUGACACAAGUGGUGAAAGGAGAACCUCCUCAACUCAGCAACUCCGAUGAGAGAAUGUUCUCCCCCAAGUUCGCCAACUUCGUUAACCUAUGCCUUACAAAGGAUGAAUCAAAAAGGCCAAAGUACAAGGAGCUUCUGAAACACACCUUCAUUCUGAUGUAUGAGGAGCGUUUCGUGGACGUCGCCAAUUACGUGUGUCGCAUCCUGGAUCAGAUCCCCACCUCUCCCAUCUCUCCUAUGUACGUGGACUGACUGUGUUUGGAUGGGGCGGGGCGGGGCACUAAGCUUUGUGAUGGGACUCUUGUCCUCUUUGCCCUCAGAGUUCCGUAGGAGCUCUGCCUGUUUUAUUCACACGUUCCAAAGAGCAACAGGAACUAAGUCCAAAUUGCCCGGUGCAAUAAGAUGAAUAUUGUUAUGCGAACACUUCCACCUCCCAUCACCCCAUUUAGUAUCAGUGAAAGCUGAAGCAUCAUCAAACAUGUUCAGCCAGAAAAAAAAUGAAGACGUAACAUUGUCUCAGUAAAAUGCAGCCAAUCUUUACGUGAUGAAAAAGGAGUAGAGUAUACAUAAAUGGUGUGUGUGUGUAUAUGUAAGUAUGUAAGAAUAUAUACACAUAUAUUUAUGUACACACACACACUUUGACACAAAUACAGAAUUUACCAAAUAAAAUGUUUAAGAGUGACACUCACGACGUAUGAACAAAUUAGCCGCCUGUUUAAUUGUACAUUUAAGACUGUAUGUAUGCAUAUGUGUGUUCACCUCUUGAGUUGUUGACAUGUACAGAUGUAUGCUGAUUCGACCGCCUGUCAAUACACACACCUUUUCACGCAGUUUGUUGUCGGCACCUGAACUCAUGGUAAACGAAUGAGUGUGCUAAAGUGUUUGUCUCUGAAGGCUCAUGGAUAAACGGUGGCUUGGCUUUACUUCUUUUCUUUGUUGUUCAAUAUGCAAUCUGGGAGAGGUUGUCUCUCACAUCCACUGCUUACUCCAGCGUGUACCUUUCAUAUGUUAUCAUUACUUUGGCAUCAGGGAGCUAAGCAUCUGCUUUUAUGACAGAUCAUUUCAUGGUGGGCUUUCUCAAACCCGGUAGGUCAUUGAACAACACUUGUGAUUUUAACCCGCUAACCAAGUUGUGACUCCAAAAAACGAUGUCAGGUGCUGUUUAGUUGCAUUAUCUCAAAUCUGCUCAGUGAAUUUGAAUCCCUUAUCAAAUCUAGCAACUUGUGAGAAUCUGUAGUGGCUGAAAAGAAGGGAGGACCACAGUCUUGAGUGGCAGCCUAAUAAUGUUCACAACCAAUGACUAAAUCCUGAAAAUCCUCAGCAGCAGAGGAUAUGAAAUUUGAAUUCACUGUAUAUAAAGGCAGGGUUGGUGAUUGAACACUUUUUUAUCUUAUCUGUUGAAAUCCUCAUCACAUCCCGAUAACGUCCACAACUCAGACCGAAUUAAAUUAUUCACUGGCAUAUUUGUCUGUCACUAACUGCACAAGCCUGUGGCUGAACUGCACACGACCAGAGUCUUCAGCUGGAUAGACAAACACCGCUGAAGCAGAGACGAUAACCAGAAGUUAGGGAGUGAGUCACGGAAAAGUCGUCUUCCAGCAGUUGUCAGGCAGUGCACGUUCACGCGUUUUGGGGGCGUUGCUUUGACGAGAAGGCUGAUCGGAGGCGGUGGGAUGUAUCGGUUGCAUUAUUUUCAAUCUGUGGCCUUUUUCCAGGAUUAUCAACCCUAGGUUGUAGAGAAGCCUGGAGUCACCCAGAUAUAGCCUGCUGAAUAUUUAAACUGAUUUCUACUGCUAAUGUGGCUGCAUGAAGGUUUAACUGAAGCUUUUUGUAAGCAAUGUGCCGAGACUGGACAGAUCAUCUCUUUAGAAGAAGUCACCACCCUGUUGGUCUUGUUGAAAUGUAAAAGUCCUUAUUGAAAGUAUUUGUCAUUUUAACGGUCACAAGUAACAGGAAUAGUCAGUGCUAGCUACAAAUGAGAGGCGGCCUUCCGCAAUGCUUUGCCAAUAAAAAUGACCCAUGAAUAAUAAAAGCUGAAGCAUUCAUCUUGAGAGGUUUCUAAAUCUGGUUUCUUUGCUAAGGAGGAACUGAAUCAUUUGUUUACUGGAAUUUGAACCCUAUUGAAAUAUUGAUAGAUUUAUACUGCACAAGAAACUAGCAGAUUUGUGUGGCAAUAGGAAUGGAGUUGCUGCUUGGUAGUGUGGUCCAAAAUGUAAAACCAGGAGGAGUGUUGUUAAAUGACCUUCAAUCUGCAAUUUAUCUUGCUGAAAAAAAGAUCAAAAUUUCUCAACCGCAAUAACUAUGACAAGAGAUGAGAGACACAAACUGGAGCGAAGCCGACACUACUUUGCCCGAUGUAAAGUUACUUUAGGACACAAUGCCCCUCAAUGUAAAUGUCUAUGUAUAUAGUGCAUCUAAUCUGCUGUUCCUGGCAGGUUCUGCUCGACAGUUAAGGCUCAUUUUUCCUGAACACACAGAUGAUCAGAUCAAACAGUGAGGAGAUUCGGCUGCGCUCGUCGGUGUGCAGCAGUCUGAGAAUGAGCCCUAACGCUCCUUAGUAGCCUGUCAUAGCACUGUACAGUUUCAUUGCUCAUCCACACUGAUCACAGAUCCACCGCACUGCCGCGCAAAAAGUCAAACAGCAGUAACUACACUUGUUAAAGAGGUUUCCUGUUGAGAAAAUGCUGCUAAAUGACUAAAUGUCCACCUACCACACAACUGCCAGGAGCGGACGGCCGCUGCCUGGAUAGUUACUGCUCUUUGACCCUAAAGGUCACCAUGAACUCAGCAUGUUCCACCGUGACUUGGCAUGUCUCUGGUUUGCACUGAUGAUAAACCAUGAUUAAUACAUGGGAUGCAUCUCCAUAAUCUAGAAACACCUUCACCUGUAUUUUCUCUGGUGCUUAUAUACUUAGGUGUUCCAACUGGGCUAUAAGUGAAAGGGAAGAUACAAAUUUCAGACUUACGUGAUCCACCCUCCGUUAUUCCCUCUCAGAAAGCCAUGUCUACCUACAGGGUCACUCACCUGUAUGGAUGAUCAUCCUUCAACACUGGGACGCUGUAGAGACUUGUAAUAAAUUAUUUACAUUUUCUUAUGAACAAAUCCCAUGGAUAGAACUAUCAAUACAACCGGCCUUAUCUUUUAACCUUGCAAAUACUAAUAAUGUACAUUUAAUGUGCAAAUCUCUUGACUCCGUCAUCCCAUCGACUCCUAAAAUAUAGCCUAUAUGAUAAUAAGCCAAAAGUGUACAGUAACUUAAGUCAAGGGUUGACUGUGUGUCGUAAUUCAGGAUCAGUUGAUCAUGAGUCUGUUGAAAUAUUGUUUCUGUUACUCUUUUGGUUUAAUGUGGAAAAACACAUUUCUAGUUUUCUCGUCAAACCUGAUCGGCGUUGAUCACGCUUUUAUUGCAUUUUUGGUAUUUCUCUCAGCUAUAGGCUUAGUUUCACUACAUUAAAAGAACGGUCAUAGGAGUGUAGAAGUCCUCAGGGUUAUUUCCUUUUUAACAAACAGAAAUAAGACUUUGCUUUAUGUGUAAAAUCAGUGAAGAUUCCCUUUGAAUUUGACUUUACAGGUCUCUACGGUCGUCAUCCAUGUUUGAAAAUAGCUUUUUUCAAGAGCAUGGUCUCUCCGUUUGCAAUCAGGACUUCACGUUCAGAUUUUGUAAUGCUUUCACUCAAAACCCUGUGCUCACUCUCAAAUAGCCCCUGCAUGUGCCUAGAUUUCCUGCACGGGCAGUUACUUAAACUGGAUUCAUGCACUCCUGCAUCGGGCUCUUAAAGAAGUAAAGCUAAUGCACCUACACUUGGCUUAUUGUACAAAAUAUCUUACAUGCUAAAAUAAUAAUCAAAGAAUAGAGAAAUCAGAGAGCAGUUAUUUCACAGGAGCAGAAGAGCUGAAGCUGGAGCGCAGGAAAUCUGCAAGCAACAAAAUAUCCGAGGUCAAGUGCACAGUUUGAACCCAAGCAGGGUAUAUUUUAAGCAUUACAAAAUCUGAACCUCAAAUCAAUUUUUCCUGCUCUCAAACUUAAAGACCACACUCUCAAAUAAAGAGAGGAAAACCCCGAAAGAAAAAUAGCCCAUAGUCUCCUUUGAUCAAACAGUUAAAGCUGUUUCAAUGCAAACUGUCUCCAGAUCCGUAUUUCUCUCAUGGGAUGUUUCCAGGAUGCUAACUUGCCACUGGUGAAUCUGAAUCUCCGGGGUACACAUUGUAUAAAUUGCAAUUAACUAGAAUGUUCAUAUCAGAUUAUAAGGUAAUAUUAAGGGGCAAUGGAUAUUAUAUUGUAUCUUUAUCGAGGGUUACAAAUAAAAGGAAAAGAUAAAAAAAACUGUAUUUUGUGCUUCUUGUGACAUGAAUAAAAAACUGCGGAAAUUA